AUGCCCUUCCCUCUUCCUCUCCUCUCUCUCAAACCCGCCACUCUCUUCUUCACUCCCAAAGCCUUCGUUUUUCUCAGCCGCAGCUCAAUCACUAUGUCAGUCCAGUCCGACGCCAUAAAUCCCAGUUCCCAAAAUGCCCUCCAAAUCUCCCAGAAUUACCCCGUGCCCCUCUCCCCGCCUCUGCCACCCAUCUCAAAGCAUAUAGAGCUGGCGAGAGCCAUGUCUGCCUCCUCCAAAUCCAGCCUCUUUUCCCUCUCUAGAGACUACGUCGUUUUCGAGGACCAGUGGCUCAUUGUUGUCAACAAACCUCAGGGAGUUUACUGUGAGAGCGUGCUGGAAUCGGUCCCUCAGCUUCUCUGUGACUCGGCCGAGUCAGGGACCCCGGCCAACCAGCUAGAACUCCAUCUUGCAAAUCGGCUUGAUCGUGACACUAGCGGGCUAAUGGUAAUAACCAAGUCACACAAAGUAGCUUCCAAGCUCGUGAAGGCAUUUACUGAUCAUAAAAUUUCGAAAACAUACAUUGCACGCUGCAUUGGUUCAGCUCCAAAAUGGGAAAGAAUCACCCUUAAAUCAGGUCAUGGUCGGUCAAAAUUUGGGGCCUGGCGAGUGUAUGCUGCUUCAGAUGUAGGCCGUACACUUCCAGGUGGAUCAAUGGUCAGAGACAUGGAAACAUCCUUUGAAGUAUUAUCAAUAAAUGGACAAGGGAGCUUGAAAGAGCCAUCUGAAUUUAAGAAAGAUGAAGCAAAUACUGUAGUAGUUCAAGAGAAAGCUGUAAUAGAUAAAGACACAAAGAAGGAUGAGAUUUUGGUGAGAGCGCGUCCUAGGAGUGGACGAACACAUCAAAUCCGCCUGCAUUGCCAGUAUCUUGGAAUUUCCAUAAGAGGGGAUGUCAAGUAUGAGGGCGUGUAUGAAUGGAAAGGGAGAACUUAUGAUGGCCAUGAACUUCAUGCAGAGAGCUUGUCUUUUGAGCACCCCAUUACUGGUCUUCCAGUAAUGUUUCAGGCACCUGUACCUUCUUGGGCCAGCCAGGCUUUGCAGCCCUAG